CUCCAAGGCUAUCAGUCAAUAACAAUUGCUGUUCAUUUAAGUUGAUGUUUUGGGCCAUUUUUAGAAUUCUUCAAGCUGCCGUGAGGUUCAACGCUACAGGAGGAUGGGGAACCGAACCAUAGAUGUACUCAACACUGUUUUCAUAAUGGGCAAAAUAGACUUGUCUUCUGAAGGGAAAUAUUUAACUGUCCUAAUUGGCUCUCUCGUCUACUUAUUUACACUGUUCGGUAACCUGUCUUUGCUUGCGGUUAUAGUUUUCAACAGAAAUCUACACGGGCCUAUGUAUCUGUUCCUUCUCAACUUAUCCAUCAAUGACUUGAUCGGUAUCAGCGCCAUGAUUCCAAGGGUCAUGUCAGAUGUAUUGUCUGAAGAUAGGCACAUCACUUACCCAGCAUGCUUGAUUCAGGCUUUCUGUAUUCAUAUGUAUGGCGGAGCGACACUUCUCAUAUUGUCUAUCAUGUCGUUUGAUCGCUACAUAGCUAUCUGUCAUCCACUAAGGUACCACUCCAUCAUGACUAAGAACACUGUUGUAAGUCUCAUUGCCUCUGCUUGGCUGAUUGACUUUCUACUGGUUGGGAUCCUGUUCGGGCUCACGUUGCGUUUCCCUGUUUGUAAAACAGUUAUCGUGAACAUCUAUUGUGACAACAUGUCCCUGUUAAGACUGACCUGUGCAACAGAAACCACAGUGAACAACAUCUAUGGCUUAUUUAUCACAGGUCUACUCCAUGGGGCAGGGGCUUUUUCUGUGGUCUUCUCCUACUCACUCAUUCUAUUCACAUGCUUUAGAGGUAGUGACUCUGAUGCCAAGCUAAAGGCCUUGCAUACAUGUGCCACACACCUGCUUGUCUUUCUAAUCUAUGAGUUCUCAGGUAUCAUUGUUGUCCUUGUGUAUCGAAUACCAAACACUCCUCUCCUACUUCAGACAUUUGCAGGAAUGAUAUUUGUCAUAUUUCCUCCAGGUCUGAACCCAGUAAUAUAUGGUAUCAAAACUAAAAAGAUUAGAGUGAAAUUACUUCAGCUUUUCUCCAUGGCCAAAGGUUCAGUUAGAGUAGUAAAAGUCAAUAGUGUAACUUAAUAAUGUAACGUUAAUUAUUUGUUGUCCUGUUUGUUAUACGUUUACAUUAGUAUUGUCAAGGAAAAUAAUUCUCAAGAGGAAUGUAUGAUAAAAAGCAUAGGGAAGUCACUAUGUUAGAAAGCAUAGGGACUAGAAGAGGAGCUAUAGGUGGAUGGGCUCAUUGAAAUGGCACAGUGAGGAGGAGACUGAGGUCAUUGAUUAUUCCUUCCUCGACGUGCAGAUCCUGUGGUCUAGCAGUCACUCUCAUGGCCAGUCAUAUACUGCUCUGCAUUGCAGACCAGGGAUCAAUCCCUGCAUCCUGUCUACUGUUGUCCCACUUGCCUGUCUCCUCCUCUGUUUCUAUCUGUAAAGGGUUAAUAUAUAUUAUUAAUUGAUUAGUCAAUUUAUGUGAUUUUUAUGUGUUUCAAGUCACCAGAAUUACCACAAAAAUACAUUUUUAACCUUUAAUAUGUUUAAUUAGCAAAUACAAUUUCCUCCAUAUCCAGUAUUUUCAUUUUUACUUUGGUUUUGUGUUUCGAAAACUGUCGGCUGGAAUACCACUUCUCUCAUAAAAUAUCAAAUAAAUUAUGUGAAUCAUUUUUUCAAUUUGUAAACUACACUUUCCACCACUCUUUUCCUGACACAUUCUCAGUUUGCAUUUGUAGUUGCAUCAUUUGUAGUAUUGUUUUAUGUAAUUGAUUCAACCUGUAUGGCACUGAAAUGAAUCUGUCCUCUGAUGAAGGGUGCUAUCUAUGCAACAUGAUUUUUCAGUAAUCAGACCAAAUCCUCAGAAGCCAUGUGGGCUAAACCCGCCCAUAUUUUCUGAGAGGAUGCUGAUCAAGUCCUCGACUGGAGAAUUUCCAGACUCAAUCAGCGAUAUUCAAUGUGGAGUCCAGGCUAUAUUUGGUGCAGAACAAAGUCACUAGAGGGUGCUAUGAACUAAUUUGGACAACGAAGUGUGUUAAUUUUUUAUCAGUUCAUCAACAUUGUUCUAAUCAGCAUCCCAGACCUAAGUAGAAAUGGGUAUGUCUCAUUCAAUGCAUUUGAAAUCUGUCUUGUUUUGUGGUAUCCACAAACGAAACAUGGGUUUGGAAGAUGGAGAGAAGAGGAACAAUUAGCACUACAUCUAGGUCAUCAUACUGAUAGCAUAUCUUUAAUGUGGAGAGACAUCCAAAUACACCAGACAUAAUGCAUAAGCCUACAUAUGAGAUGUAUAACAAUUACUUUUCCAAUUUAGUCAUUCAGCAGAGUGACUUACAUGAGCAAUAAGGGUUAAGUGCCUUGCUCAAGGGCACAGACAGAUUUUUCACCUCGUCAGCUCAGGGAUUUGAACCAGUGAACUUUCGGUUACUGGUCCUCUUAACAGCUACUUACCACCCCUUGUUUUUAUGUUAGUAUUUGAGAAUCCAGGGAAAGACGACUGGAGUGUCAACUGGGCAAAAUAACAUUAUUUAACCAAAUCAGACCAACUUUGAAGGAGGAUAUUGGAAAUAAUUGUAUAAAUUUUAGACACAUUUUCACAGAUCAAUAAAAGUCUAACAUCAAGAUGA